UUUUUUUACAAGCUCAAGUCCCCGAACCACCAAAUUCCACGUAAUCUACAAUGGCUUUUUCCAGUCAGAGAACGUUUCUAAAUGUGCCGUUCCGCAACGAGAAACCCGAAUCGCCCGACCGAAAACGAAGCGAUUGUCAGCUGAAAUCCUACGAGUCCUGUACGGAUUCGAGGGCGUGGUCCAUGGAUCCGAAAGUUUCCUCCAAAUUUCUGUUGGACGUUGCGCACAAGGCCCGCUUUCAAAGCAAAUUAGCUCGACCGAGUGGCGACUGUGAACUUACGAGGGAAUACCUACAGUACCUGGACGUCGAAGAACUGGUCGAUUACGUCAUGAGUCUCAUGCUAGAACUGAAGAAGACAAAAUCGCAAGUUCAGCAACUGGAGGCUGAUCGAAAGGACCUCGGCGAACGGUUGGUUUCGGUUCAACAGAUGGCGGAAACAUGUGAGCAAGAGAAGGAAGAAUUGAUUGUGGCACAACAGCAACCGUCGGAGCUGCUGGAUCAGGAAAUGAUCGAAUUAAGAAACAUUAUUUUGGCGAUGAAGGAGAAAGCGGACCGGUACGAUUGCUUAAGGCAGGAGAAUGAGUGCAUGAAGGUAAAAUUGGAAAGGUUCUGUGAUAGGAAUGAGUCCACGAAGAGAGCAAGUUUCGAUGAAGGCGCUUGCGGUGAUUCGGUUCCGAAGGCUUGCGAGAGGUUGAAAGCCGAACUGAGGCUUUACAAAAGACAUUACGAUGAACUAACGGUGCAGAAGCGAACGCUGAUGGAACAAUUGCAGAGAACCAAAGUGCGGGAGGGCAAGGUUUUAGAUUUGCGAAAUCAAUUGGCGGAGGAGGAAUAUAAACGGGAGAGUAUGCAGCGGCAGAUGGAUGACUUGCUGAUCGAGUACGACCGUCAGGCACUGGAACUGAAGAGGAAGGAUGAGUACAUAGGCAUGUGCAAUAGGCGAUUGGAGAGGGUAGAGUUGGACCGGCGGCCGUCAAGUGCGCCAACUGGUCAAAGGAUUAUUCAACGGCGAAGCAUUAGGGAAGCUUCUAGGCGGUCAAUGCAGCAGUAG